GAGAAAAUUCAAGAGUUUAAAUUUUCAAAAUUGUGACAAAUAAAAUUUUUAAAUUAAAAAUUCAGUGAAAAAAAAAAAUUAUGGAUAAAAUCAUCAUUAUUUUAUUGGGAAUAUUUAUGUUUGAUAAAAUAAUAAACGUGAAUUCGCAUGAUGAUAGUGACCAUAAUAAAGAGUCGGUGCUGUUGAAAAGAAUAAGCGAUAGAGUAUUCACUAAAAUAGAUGAUUUGGAAAAUGUAUCAAACAUUAAACGAAAUAAAAGAGACGCGUUCGAUACAUAUCUGGAGGAAUACUGGCAAAUUAUGACGGGAAAUUAUGGGAACGACAGCAAAGCCAACGGAUUUGACAAAAAAAAUCCGCGAGUAAUUGAAAAUGUUAAGAAAGAAGAUGAUUUUCUUAAUUUUACAUCGCCGUGUAAUACAACAACGACUUUCUGUGAAGAAGUGCCAGAUUAUCCGACAUAUCUCGUUAAUAAAAUAGCGAUCGAGGAGAUACCGAAUAUUAAACUGCUUCAGCAAAAAGAGAAAGAGGAAAUAAUGAUAAGAAUUGGUGGGAAUGAUGAAGAAAGUUUGUGUAAAUCAGAGUCGAAAUUAAUAGCCCCGAAAGCGGCAUUAACUCAAGAUAAUCAGUGGAAAUAUAUAUACAAUGACCCUAAAUUUGUUCAAACAACGCGUGUCGAUAUAUGCAGACACGAAAAGGAACCUUGCAAUUAUAUUAAUAAUCUAUACGGCUUACAAACUAUUUGCAAACAACAAUACAUCUACCGUAAAUUUGUAACACUAACACAGGAUGGCAAAAUUACAUCCGACAUGUUUCGUAUACCGUCGAGCUGCUGUUGUAGUAUUAAAAUUAAUCAUAAUAAUUAUAAUAAUUAUGAUUAUUGAUCUGAUCAGUGGAACAAAUAAUACAUUUAUAUAUAUUACUACCCGAUAAAAAAUGUUUAGAUCCAAGCAUAUAUGAUUGGAUCCAAACAGUCAGAUAUGCUUGUAUCCAAAUUUUGACGUGAUCCAAGCAGAUCCGAACAGAUCUGACAAUAUCUAAAGAGAUCUCACUAUAUCUAAGUAUAUUGUGUCCAAAGAGAUCCAAAUAGAUCUCACUAUAUCUACGAAUAUAUAUAAGUGUAUCCAAGCAGAUCUGCGUAAAUGUCGAUCUUUGAAGAAAUCUACAUAGAUUUAAGCACAUAUAUCUCA